AUGUCUCAGCCUACUCAAUCCGCCGAGCCAGCAACUCCCGCGGCCGAUGGAGAGAUCAAAGAAUACAAGAUUCAUGCCUCAAGCAAAUACCUUGAUCUGACGAGGCAGAAGCUCGAGCUAGCUCGGCUUCCUCGCGAGGUUCCCGACGCGAAUUCCAAAGCGUGGUGGAAUCCGAAACCCACGUUGGAGCCGCUCAUUGACUUUUGGCUUGAACACUUCGCCUGGAGGGAUCAUGAGAGUGAAAUCAAUGAAUCGGUUCCCCAGUUCAGAAUCAGCAUCCAAACAUCAGCCACAGAAGCUCCGACGAGGAUGCACUUCAUCCAUGCACGGUCGCGCCAUCCUAACCCUGUGCCUCUGCUCUUGAUACCGCCAUUUCCUUUCACCAACUUGUCCUUUCGCCAUAUCACCGAUAUCUUUGCCAAUCCUAAUGACCCAGACACCGACCAGCCCUUUCACUUUGUCAUGCCGUCCCUUCCUGGACUGGGCUUCAGCGAUUCUCUGCCCAGCAGCGUGCAUACAGUUUCUAAAACGGCUGAGAUGCUUGAUACCCUCAUGAAACAACUGGGAUAUAAAUACUACAUCGCGACUAAUUCGGGAUCGUCCAUCACUCCUAAAGGCAGUAUUGACUGGAAAAUCAUCAACCAUUUAGCUGCUAAUUACCCAGAGUCUUGCCUAGGCGUUCAUUUAGUAUCGCCUCCCUGGAAAGCACCAGAGGCGCGGAAGAACCCCGUCGAAUGGCUAAAACUGACGCUGGCAAAGUCUUUGAAGGCUGGGAUUCUAGGCUACACAAAAGAAGACAUAACGGCACUUCGGACAAGUGAUAGAGAAAAGGCAAAGAACAAGUCUGCCACCGACAUGACUAUCAUUGGGGCGUUUGGCGCGUAUGACCCAAACACGCUAGCUUAUGCUCUUUGUGAUUCUCCAACCGGGCUGCUAGUUUUCUUCUUGACUCUAAUUAGGACAUUGGGGUCAGAGAAGGAGUUUACUUCGACGGAGCUCGUCACGAUAACCAAGUUAACGUGGCUCCCGGGUCCGGAGGGAGCAUUGCGAUUAUGGGCGGAGAACUAUCUUUUGGCGAAGGAAGAGACGGGGCUGAAACCAUCACCUAGAACGAAGGCUGCCAUCACGGUAUUCUUAGCCGAUGACGGGACCAGCCAGAAUGGUUCCAACGCAGCGCAGAAGACCGAUUCGCCUUCACCAUUCUCCUACGUAAGUCCCAACUGGGGCAAGCAGCAUUACGAUGUAGUUUGGACUGGUCGAGUGCAGGGGAAGCAGGGGUUAUUGGCAUGGGAGCGGCCACAGGUUAUUGCAGACGGCACAAGGAAUCUUGCCAAAGCACUGCUUGCUGUGGACAAGAGGCUCUAUGAGACGGAGCGCCACAGGAGAAGGACGGCUUAA